CAGGAGCCAUCAUGGGGAGAGCUCUGAUGCAAACCACCCUCUUUGCUCUGUUUCUGACUUUGGUCACCUCAUUACCAAAUAAAGAAGACUGGGACAUCUACAGCUUUCACAUCAACUCCACAGUGACCAGUCGUUACGCUACAACAGUCAUCACAAGCCGCGUGGCCAAUCGAAUGAACAAAUCCAAGGAAGUAGAAUUCCAAGUGCGGAUUCCCAAGAAUGCCUUCAUCAGUAAAUUCAGAAUGUUUAUGGACGGCCAGGUGUACGAUGGUGUUGUGAAAACCAAGGAACAGGCUCAGCAGCAGUACACUGCAGCUGUAUCCCGUGGGCAAAGCGCUGGGCUCGUCAGCUCUGUAGGGAGGACCCUGGAGGAAUUUAAGACGUCAGUGACUGUGGCUGCUCACAAAAAGGUGACCUUUGAACUCACGUAUGAGGAACUGCUGAAACGCAGGCACGGCAAGUACGAACUGCAAAUCCAUGCUCGGCCGAUGCAGCCUGUCAGCGACUUCAAGGUUGAUGUGUACAUUGAUGAAAAGGCUGGCAUCAGUUUCCUGGAGGUUAAAGGUGGACUAAGCACCAAAGCUCUGGCUAAUGCCAUCACCAAAACACUGACAGACAAACAGGCGUGGGUGUACUUCUACCCAACUGAAAGCCAACAGAAGACAUGUGACAGCUGUGGAGAGCAGGGUAUGAAUGGAGAUCUGGUUAUUGUUUAUGAUGUCAACAGGGACAUUUCAGUUGGUGACAUUAAGACAUCAGGUGGAUAUUUUGUUCACCACUUUGCUCCGUCCAGUCUUCCACGGAUAACAAAGAAUGUUGUCUUUGUUAUUGAUCAAAGUGGCUCCAUGCACGGCAGAAAAAUACAACAGACCAGGACAGCAUUAAUCCAUAUUUUGAACGAUUUGAAUGAAGAUGACUUUUUUGGUCUCAUCACUUUUGAUGGUAACAUUUUUCACUGGAAGAGAGAACUUGUUCAGGCCACCAAGACAAACGUGAACAGUGCCAAGACUUUUGCACAAAAUAUUCCAGCCAGUGGAUACACAGACAUUAAUGCAGCAGUGCUGGAAGGAGCUCGUAUUCUGAAGGCACAUCCCAGAGAAGGUUCAGCAUCAAUCCUUAUACUUCUGACUGAUGGAGACCCAACCUCAGGGGAGAGAAACCUUGAAACAAUACAGUCCAAUGUCCAAAAGGCCGUUGCAGGCAAAUUUCCUCUCUACUGUCUUGGUUUUGGUUUUGACGUCAAUUUUGAAUUCCUUGAGAAGAUGUCACUGCAGAACAACGGUGUAGCACGACGGAUCUAUGAGGACUCUGAUGCUGACUUACAGCUGAAGGGUUUCUAUGAAGAGGUGGCCACUCCUCUGUUGACCAAUGUAACCAUGAUGUACACAGGAGGCACCAAUCUGACCCAGACUCACUUCACACAGUAUUAUAAUGGCUCUGAGAUUGUGGUGGCUGGUCAGAUCACUGACAAUGACAUCGAGACCUUCACUCCAGAAGUUAUAGCCAUUUCAGGAACAGGCAGUGUGAGGUUUUCUGACACUAAUCCCACUGUGGAAUCGACUGACACAGUGUCUGACAGCCGCCUUCAGAGGGUUUGGGCCUACCUCACAGUCAAACAACUCCUGGACAAGGCGCUGCAGUUGUCUGGGCCUGAGAAGGAUCGAAUGAGGGAAGAGGCCUUGAAGCUGUCACUGAAGUACAGCUUUGUGACCUCACUCACAUCUAUGGUGGUCACCAAGCCUGAGGGAGAAAACUCUGAUGUGCUGCAUAAACCCAAGGAAGGCCAGGUGCAGCCUAAUCCAGUUGCGACUUCACGUAUUUCAGGCCAGAUGCAGCCUAAUCCAGUUGCAACUUCACGUAAUUCAGGAAGUAGUGCUCGUGCUGGUAGUGAUGGAAGAAGAGGCAAGAAGCAGAAGAAUCAAGCCCGCGCUCACUACGAUGACUCGUACAUCCUCAGAUACUCUGCUGGACCAGUUCAUAAGAUCACAUACGACUGGAUUGACGGUGAAAUGAGAGUAUAUUCAUCUUCAGACUGGAUUGGAGGUCAUAUAAGAACAUAUCCAUCUUCAGAUAUUACUGCUAGUCCUGCUUCUCCCCAUGGCACAGUAGCUACUGAUAUUACUGCUGGUCCUGCUUCUCCCCAUGGCACAGUAGCUACUGUUCCUGUUUUGCACAGGUUUUUGAUUAAAACUGAGAAUCAGUCUCUUCCACUCUGCUUUGACGUCCCUGGAGACACUCGCCUUAAACUACUUCACCAUCCCAGUGAGGAGCUGUCUGUGAUUGGUCUCCUGGAUUCACCACCAAAUACAGGAUUCAAACUAAUUGUCAUCCACUUUAAGAAUAGCCAGGUUGUUGAGCUGUGCCCUGACGGCCUCAUUAAGCAACAGGUUCAAGGAGUUAUGCAUUACACUGGACAGAACCUUGUCUCAACUGACAUAACUGCUAUCGGACGAGACAAGGAAUUUGAUGUUGCCAUUGGAGACACUCGCAUGGUCGUCUUAAUUCAUGAGGUGGAUGGUAACAAGUUCCUCUGGCCGGUUUUAAGACAGAAGCCGUCAGACAACAGCAUUGAUGGAAUUUUAGUUCUAAAGCCAGCAGUUUAUGAGGAGGUGCAGCAAAGUCCCUCCACAAAGCUGAAGAUCAGAGAUCAGGAGAUUGGUGUCACCAGAUCCAGUGCUGUUGACUACAGUAUUUCUGCUGCCUCAACACUGGACUGCUGGUUCAUGUCUGCUGAGUCCGCUCUGCAGAGAAGCCUGGAUGAUUUCAAUGUUUAAUGCGUCUCCACGUAGAAUCACCAGAAAUAUAAUUUUUUAAGGAGAAAUAAUCCAUUCACUAUAGACGACAAUAACAUAUGAAUAAACCAUAUUCCAAACCUUUGCUUGUCUGAA